CAUGGAGGCUGACGCAUGGGCCGAUGAUGAAACGUGGAACCGUUCAGAUGCAAUGCAGUGAUUGCAAUGAGCUGUAAUAACCAUGGGUAGUUUCGAACACUUACGUCACAUGAACAGCUGACCCACACUGCUUACUUGAAACUUAUCAUUUGACGAGAUACCGCAAGAAACACCGCAUAUGUGAUCGUUUAGGAAGCGGGUCACGCUUACGGCGUGGUUAUGUAGAAGAUAGCCAAACUUAACGAUGUAAACAACGUUUGUGUAUCAACGUUUACGCUUGUGAAUAUUGACAUUUUAACAUUUUAACCUGUUCUCUAAGGAAGAGACAAUUAUGGACGAACUGGCGCUCCAGGGGUUGGGCUCUCAAGGCAACAGCCUUGCCCAAAAUAGGGCCCUGCAGUACUUCGAAGAACUGAAGCAGCAGCCGGAUGGAUGGAAGAUCUGUGCACAAGCACUAACAAGUGGCAGGUAUCACAGCAAUGACCAUGUGAAGUUCUUUUGUUUACAAGUUGUGGAACACUAUUUGAAGAACAGUUAUGCACAGUCCACACAAGAGGACCACAACAACGUCAAGUCUUUCAUCAAUGCCUGUUUGCAAAUGGAGGGAAAUGAAGCAAGCCAAGGCAAGAACUUCCUACGCAAUAAAGUCGCCCAGAUUGUUUCCCUUGCGUUCAUUGUGGACUAUCCCCACCGAUGGCAGACAUUCUUUGACGACCUACUGUCCACCUUGUCUCUGGGUCACCUUGCUGUGGACAUGUUCCUACGGAUACUGCUGGCCAUCGACAGCGAGGUGGUGGACCGAGAGAUUGUCCACACACCACAAGAGACACAGCGGAACACUGUGAUUAAAGACACGAUGCGGGACCACUGUGUGGCACAGCUGGCCGACUCCUGGUACCAGAUCAUGACAGGGUAUGAAACCAACAAACCUGAAAUAACCUGUGCCUGUCUGGACGUUGUGGGCAAAUUUGUGUCUUGGAUUGACAUCAGCCUCAUUGCCAAUGACAAGUUUGUAUCUUCAUUGCUGCGGUUCCUGUCCUUGCCCCUGGUGAGAGAGAGUGCGUGUGACUGUAUCCACGAGAUCAUCAGCAAGGGAAUGGAUCCUGUCAGCAAGACUAAACUUGUGGAGUCUUUCAUGACGUUUCUAGACAACGCUGGCGUGCUCAACCCACCGGAGGAUGAAGAGGGGGACUUCCUGUCCAAGCUGUCCAAGUUGAUCAAUGGUGUUGGCAUUGCAUUGUUGACAUCAUGGCAGAAGUUAGCUAAGAGUGGCGAUACACAGUCUGCAAAUAACACUCUACAAGCGCUGGAAAGCAAAGUGCCGUACAUGCUGCGGUUCCUUGGUGAUGAAGAUGACGAUGUGUCUGGGGCUGUUGCAAACUUCUCUCAAGAAUACAUCAACUUGUUGAAACAAAUAGCUCCUCUCUCGCCCAAACAGAGGGACAAUAUGGAGGGUCUCCUUUACACAAUAGUCAAGAAAAUGAAGUAUGACGAUUCUUACAAUUUCGACCAAGAGGGGGAAGAUGAGGCCAUGUUUCAGGAGUAUCGGAAACAGCUGAAGGUGAUCUUCAACAACCUGGCUCAGCUGGACUCGGAGCUGGUGAUUGUGACGGUGCACAACAUCGUGACACGGACGCUGCCACAGUGGGAGGCGGUGGAGUUGAAGGACGUUGAGAUGGCCAUCAACCUGCUGUACAUGCUGGGGGAGGCUGUGCCGGCGUCUCAAGGACAACACUUCAGCGGCAACCUCGCUAAGGCUUCCGCCCUUCAGGAAAUGAUGAGACUGCUGAUCACCAGCCGCGUGAGCUGCAGUGGACAUGUCAUGAUACAGCUCCAGUUCUUUGAGACCGUCGUCCGAUAUGACAAGUUCUUUAGCUGCGAACCAGAUCACAUCCCAGAGGUUCUGAUGGCGUUUUUAGAUGAGAGGGGGUUCCGCAACCAGUCUCCGAAAGUCCGUAGUCGCACGUCAUACUUAUUUUCAAGAUUCAUCAAGGGAUUAAAAGGCCACAUGCAGCCCUACCUGGAGGACGUCCUCAAACGGCUCCAGGACCUCCUUGUCCUCAACACCCCGGACAACGGCUACUUGCACCUCCUGUCGGACGAUGACCAGCUGUUUAUGUAUGAGUCAGCUGGUAUACUCGUCGUCUCCAGCACCCUGGCACCAGAGAAGAAACAAGUGCUGAUGAAAAAUCUCUUGGCACCAAUUGCGAACAAAUUUGAAGAGUUGCUGACAAAGCUGUACACUGAGACGGAUGAGUCCCGUAGACUGUUGUAUGCUAGAUGUAUUUCUACCGCCAUGUCUUUAGCAAGCCGUGCCAGCAAGGGUUUCUCCAGCCAGCAGACAAUGAAGCAGAGCGGCUGCAUUGCAGCAUUCACGGAGCUGCUGAAGCUGUUCCUGAGUGCGCUUAACACGCCCGUGCACCGCCAGCUGAUCCACAUGGGUGUGCGGCAGUACCUGCACCGGAUGGUGGUGUGCAUGGAGGACGAGAUCCUGCCCUUCAUCCCCAUCACACUGGAGCACCUCCUGAAGCAGCCCGAGGCCAAGGAGAUGUACGACUUCAUCCCACUCAUGAAUCAGCUCAUCAUGAAGUUUAAGUCCGCCAUUGGGCCGUUCCUGAGCGAGGUAUUCAUGCCGUUUGUGACGACGAUCUUUCAAGUUCUGUCAUCUCCGGCUGAUGAGCGAGAUCAGGAGGUGAGGGAAGAGAGGAAACUGCUGCAGCGAGGAUACUACCAGUUCCUGUCCACCAUCGUUACCCAUGAUGCACUAGAAGUCCUCAAAACUCAAGACAUGCAGAACCUGAACCAGGUGUUGAUGUCCGUCGUCCAGGGCGCCGUGGAGAUGCCUGAUCCUCAGAGCCAGAAAUUGUGCUUCAACAUCUUGAAGAAACUCAUCGAUGCGUGGGGUGGUAACAAUGGCAUUGUGGGAUUCCUUGACUUCCUGUACAAGAGUAUAAUUCCCGCAUGUUUCCUGGCACCGAUGAAACCAACCUUUGACCUCACGGAUGGUCAAACAGCACUAGCUCUGGGUGAAUGUGCCAUGUGCUUGAAGAGCAUUUUUGACAAGAGGGUAGGUUCAGUAAUAUCUUCUUACCUGAAUGGAGUAUAAACAU